AUGCACAUAUUUGAAAUUGCACUGCGUCAUGAAACGAGGCCAUUUUCUUUCAGUUCACCGUCCCUAACUUACCUUCAUCUAUCUAUCUCACCCCUCUUGUCACCAUUUUUCCAUUUGUCGUCUCUCUUUCCAACUCUCUCUCUCCUGUCUUUUCUCUCUCUCUCUCUCUCUCUCUCUCUCUCUCUUCUCCACUCCAUCUUUUUCCUUCUUCAGUUUUCUUCACAGUCUAUAAACUCCCCUCAGUCUCUAUUCUUUCCCCCAGCUUUCUUUCUUUCCUUCUCCCUUCCCGCUUUGCCUUUCCCUUCCUCCCUUUUUCUUCGUAUCACUUUCAUAGUCUCUCUCCCACUCUUUCUCACUUUCGUUCUUCCAUCUCUCUAUCUCUCUCUUCGCUUCUCUCCUUCUCUUCGCGACCUCUAUCCUCAUUUCUCUCUCUCUCUCUUUUCCUCGCUCUUUCUCUAUUCUCUCUUUACCCUUCUCCUCUUUUCAUUUUUCUUCGACUGUCUUUUAUUAUCUUUCUCCCUCUCUUUUUCACUUUCUUUCUUCCCUCUCUCUAUCUCCGUCUUCGCUUCUCUCCCCCUGUCCCUCUCUGUUUGCAUUCCUCUCUAUUCCCUCCUAUUUGUUCUCUUCACACUUUCUUUAUUCUCAAUCAUCUUCUUUCUCCAUCUCUUCCCUUCUUCUCUCCUACGACGUCUCCUUCUCUUUCUCUUCUUUAAUAUCUUUCUUACUCCUACCUCUCCUUCUUCUUCUCUGUCCCUCUUUCCUUGGCUGUCUCAAUUCUCUACCCUCUCUACCGUCACUUUCUCCAUCUCCUUCACCCCUCCAUCUCUUUCACCGUCUUUCUCCACAGUCUCUCUUUCAUCCACUCAAUCUUGUUAA